CUCCUCCUCCUCUCCCGGGUAUUUAAACCAGCACGGGAUCCCCACUGCUCCUGUGCCGGGCAUCCCGAGCAUCCUGCACGGACCCACGGACAGACAGACAGACAGACGGGCCGAGGGAGUCUCUGUAAGUGAGAAACUGCCUUCAGUUCGUGCUCUGCUUCUGGCAAGGGGCAAAGCCUGGUGCUACCGGCUCCUUCCUGGCUUUUUAACCCACAUUUACACCCUAUAUGUGCUCUCAAAUAUUAACAACUCCCUUUUCAAGGUGAUGCCAGCAAUAUGUUACCUCCUCUGAUUAGUUUGGGUGUUUUUCAGAGGAGCCACUUGAAACAAAGAUGAUUUUGUUGCAUUUACCAAAUUGUAAAGGAAAAAGAACAGGAAUUUAGAGGUUAAGCCUACCAGGAAAAGCACAGCUCCUCCCUGGCUCAGCCUGGAGGUUGCUGCUUCUUUUGCUUUUUUCUCCUCAUGGUUGAUGCAGCUGCUCAGUUUUUGUGCUGCUCUGGCAACAGCCAAGAGCAGCAACUACUUUGUCUAAAAAGUAGUCACAGAAUAAAGUCAGUGUUGGCUGAUGUACAGCUCAGAUCUCAGCCCUCUCCUUUGGUCCUUUCACAAGGAUCAACAUAUUCCCAUUUGGCAGCAUGUUUUAACAGCAGCAACAACAAAAUCAACAUUGAAAUUUAACCUGGAAAGAACCUUCUGUGGAGGUUUUAGUUAUUUCUCUCAUUAGGUGAAAAAUACAGGGAAAGUACUGAGCUGUAAUGCUAAGAGUUUUCAUAGGAUGCAAGAUUGGGGAAAUUUCUUAAAGGCUGAUGAGGUAAGAUCACUAAAUCCAGUGUUUUCUGAGCAUCAGUCAGCAGCAAGUAAUGCCACAUGUAGUAUAUUUUGCCUGCACGCUCUCUUAAAUUGUAAAUUUUCUUGGGCAUUUUAAAUUUAUGUAUUAUAAUUUCAAGUGUAAUGGUGUCCUAUAUCUUGUUGGACAAGAAAUACCAUUAAAAAUAUUGCUGCUGCUUCCUCUCCUGCCCUUUCCCUGGUGGGGAACCUACAGGGAGAGAACCACCAGUGAGUAAUUCCCCUUGUUUUUGAUUUGUCACAUCCUUUUUGCUGCAGUGGGGACUUCACCAGAGCCUCUCUUUAAUUCUGGCUGAGCUCAGCAGUGACUGAGCUCCAGUUUUCAGCUGGAGACUUUGUUUGGAAUUGUGGCUCUACAGAACAAGGAACAGAAAAUCCAGGACAAGCUGAUCUCACCCAGGGAUGAGGAGCUGUAGAAUGAGGUUUAACUGCUUGCCUUUCACCUCCAGCAGGAAGGUUCCUUUAGAGCAGCAGGAAUUUCUGCUCCAAUGGAUAAAGGUCUUCACUUCACAAUCUGUGUGGUUACAACCGUGCUGCUCCUGAGGGAAUCGAGCCAGGCAGGAGCUGGGAGGAAUGAUGAUGCUGUGAGUAAGGGCACAGACUCACGGGGAGCAGGCGAGGGUCUCCCAACCCUGACAGUCACAACGAUCCUGGAGGAUCCGUACGUGAUGGUGCGGGGAGCAGAGCUGGAGGGAUACUGCAUGGAGCUGCUGGCAGCCCUGGCGGGGAUGCUGCGCUUCCAGUACCGGGUCAAGGUGGUGGGGGACGGCCAGUACGGAGCCGUGGCUGCUGGUGGCAACUGGACUGGCAUGAUCGGGGAGAUCCUCAGGAGGGAAGCUGACAUUGCAGUGGCUCCCCUGACCGUCACCUCAGCCAGGGAAGAGGUGGUGUCCUUCACCACGCCCUUCCUGCAGACUGGGAUUGGGAUCCUGCUCCGUAAGGACACAACCUCCCAGGACAUGUCUUUCUUCCACUUCCUGUCUCCUUUCAGCAAGGAGACCUGGACUGCCCUUCUGUUCGCUUACCUGCUCACCUGCUUCUGCCUCUUUCUUGUGGCCAGACUGAGCCCUUGUGAAUGGAAUGAACCAAAGAAUGAAGAGAACCACUUCACCUUCCUGAACAGCCUCUGGUUUGGAGCAGGAGCACUGGCCCUGCAAGGUGCCACCCCCAGGCCCCAGGCACUCUCAGUGAGGGUCAUUGCUGUGGUCUGGUGGCUCUUCACCCUGGCCCUGCUGGCCGCCUACAUCGCCAACUUCACAGCCCUGCUGAGCUCCGGCAGCGAGCAGCUCCCCAUCCAGACCUUUGAGGACCUGGUCAAGCAAAGGAAUCUGGAGUUUGGGACAUUGGAGGGCUCCUCGACUUUCUACUACUUCAAGAACUCCAAGAACCCCAUCCACCAGAUGAUCUAUGAGUACAUGGAGAAGAGGAGGGAGCACGUCCUGGUCAAGACGUACCAGGAGGCCGUGCAGCGCGUGAUGGACUCCAACUACGCCUUCAUCGGCGAGUCCAUCUCGCAGGACCUGGCGGCCGCCCGCCACUGCAACCUCAUCAGGGCCCCCGAGGUCAUCGGGGCCCGCGGCUUCGGCAUCGCCACGGCCCAGGCAUCCCCCUGGACCAAGCCUCUGUCCAUCGCCGUGCUCAAGCUGCGCGAGGCGGGCGACCUGGAUUACCUGCGCAACAAAUGGUGGGAGAGCAGCUGCCUGCGCCAGAGCCGGGACCGCUGGGGGCCCCUGGAGCCGCCGGCGCUGGGAGGGCUCUUCCUCACCCUGGGCAUCGGCCUCGCCCUCGGCGUCCUCGCUGCCCUGGCCGAGCUCUCCAGCAGCAGCCGCCGAGCGGCCGCGCACGCCAAGAAAUCCUGUUGCUCUGUUUUCACAGAAGAAAUCUGCACUCGUCUACGCAUAAAAGGAGCUGCCAGACAAAGCCAGGAGACGUCAGGGAAGGCAAAUGCUUAAAGGAGUUUCUGCUGGAGGAAUAGGGCCUGUGUUAGGGCUGUACCACAUCCUAGGAGCUGUAUCAGUGUAGGAAGAUGUUUUUCUGCUAGUCUAGAGUGUUAGUUUGCUAAUUACACACACACACAGAGCAUUUCUGGAGUGGUGGUAGUGCUGCAGACACAAGGAAAUGAAGUGGCUUGGAAGAAUUUAAAUUGAUAAGGAGUGGAACUGUAACAAAUUGAUAAACUGGAGCUGGCCAGGAUGGUGGAUCCAUGUUUAGGUUUGAAGUUAACCCUGUAAGUCCAUGAAGGCCUGUAGGAGGAAGUGACUGGGGACAGGUUAAUGUGAAGCCUCUGUUACUAAUUCCUGUGUGAGGAAGAGUUGUGGAACAUUAAAGCUCUUGUCUGCCUGCUGUAA